AUGUCCACUCCCAGCCCACUCCAGUUCAAUGUCCUUACCGGCUCUCUACCGGUUGAUCCAACCCUACCAGCCUUCAUGGUAUCCACCACUCGGGGCUUCCUGCCUCGUCAAGACCCCAUUGUGAAGCUCCCCGCCGACUUCGACGCCCUCGAGUCCAUCCUUUCUCGCAUGCCCAUCAAGACCGCCACCGGAGCCCCAGGCCUCCUAGCCAGCUUCACGCUCGGUCCCACCGUCUACAAAGAGCUUCCCGACCUGACAUCCGCCAUCGACAAGUACCGCGAUGACCUCCCCUUGAUGAACGCCUUGUAUAGGGACUACGCCUUCCUCGCGUCAGCCUACCUGCUUGAACCCUGCCACGAGCGGUUCAUGAGGGGCGAGAACUAUGGGUUGGGCCGGCAGAGCUUGCCGAGCAACAUCGCUUUGCCUAUUGUCAAGGUCGCUGAGAUUGCCGGCUUCAAGCCCUUCAUGGAGUACGCCGGCUCUUACGCCCUCUUCAACUACCGCUUGGUUGAACCGGCUCUGGGGCUCGAGUACUCGAACCUCCACCUCAUCCGCGCUUUCGAGCACGGUCUCGACCCGGAGUCCUCGGAGGCGGGCUUCGUGCUCGUACACGUCGCUAUGGUGCGGCACUCCGGCGCGCUUGUCUCCGGCGCCGUUGCCGCGCUGGACGGCUGCGUGUCUCGAGAUCGUGAGGCGUUCAAUGCUGGGUUGGUGCAGGUGAUUGAAGCCCUGGUGGAGGUCAACAAGGUUAUGAACACAAUGUGGAGACACAGCAAACCGGCCCAGUACACCAGCUUCCGCACCUUCAUCUUCGGCAUCACGAAACAGACCAUGUUCCCCAACGGCGUCGUCUACGAGGGCGUCAGCGAGGAGCCCAUGUCCUUCCGCGGCGAAUCCGGCGCGAAUGACAGCAUGAUUCCCCUCUGCGACAACCUCCUCCAAAUCACCAUGCCAUCCACCCCUCUUACCGAGAUCCUUAACGACUUCCGGUCCUACCGGCCCGGCAACCACCGGGAGUUUCUCGAAGCCGUCAAAGACUGCGCCGAAGGCAACGGCCUCAGGAGCUAUGCCCUUGAAGACGCGGGGUCCGCGGCACUUUACCUUCGUGCGCUGAACCAGGUGCGCGACUUCCGCUGGCGCCAUUGGUGCUUCACGCGCGAGUAUGUGCUCAAGCAGACUGCGUAUCCCGUCGCUACGGGGGGCAGUCCGAUCGUCACUUGGUUGCCGAACCAACUGCAAGCGGUGCUGGCGCAGAUGGUUGCGGUGGGUCCGCACUGUGGCAGUGCUAGGGGGACAGCGGACAUCAUGGACGUCGUGCACGCGCAGCAGGAGACGUUGAGGAAGGAGGUGGAGAAGUACUGUAUGGAGAGGAGCGUUGUCGCGUGA